GGACUGCAUAGUGCUCCAACACUAUGGCCUCCCAUGGUCACAAAGUGGCCAUGGAGGAUUCAGUUCUAAUUUUGAAAAGUUGGCACAAAGCCUUGGUACUUAUCCUAAUCAUUAGUUCCAUUGUCUACUAUUAUGUCUUUGAGUUUAAACCUUUAAAGCUCAAAUACCCCUUCCCGAAAAAAGCUUCAAGACUGGCAAUACGUUUGAGUCAAUCAGACGCAAUCAGAGAGCCUGGAAUUAUGUUUGUACAGACUUCCAAUGAUCUAGCACCUUCCCCGUUGGCCAUGUGCAGCAUUGAAUCAGCAGCUAGACAAAACCGAAACAAAACAGUUUAUUACCUCAUGAGUGGUUUCAAUGCGAAUAUAUCUGCGUAUCGAGAACCUGAAUACAAAGCCAUUUCUUUGCUUUCUUCAUUCGAGAAUGUCAUCAUCUUGCCCUUGAAUCCUCAAGAAUUGUUCAACAACACGCCCUUGGCUGGAUGGUAUGAGAAGGUGGAUCCCAACCUGGAACAAUAUUGGUUCCAUGUGCUCUCUGAUGGUUGCCGGAUAGCCUUGCUGUGGAAGUACGGAGGCAUCUAUCUGGACACUGAUAUCAUUUCAAUCAAGCCGUUGGAGUUCCAGAACUUCAUUUGUGCACAAUCAAGUAAUUAUGCAAAUGGUGCAGCUUUGGGAUUUAACCGCGCUCAUUCCUUCAUCAGGAGGUGCUUAAAGGAUUAUAUUGCGAAUUAUAAUGGAGCAGCUUGGGGUCAGCAGGGUCCAGAUCUGAUGACCCGAGUGUUGAAGAAAUGGUGUGAGACUGAUAAUCUGGAUAACUUUCUGAAUAGACAAUGCAAAGGGAUCCUGUACCUGUCCAGCAACUGGUUCUACCCUGUUCCAUACACCGAUUGGGAAAGGUACUUUGAACCAGAUACAUGGGAAGGGAACAGUAAAGAAAUUGAACAUGAAUUCUCAAAGACACGAGGGGUACACGUCUGGAAUUUUUUAAGUGGUGGUCAGAAUAAUCAUGUCAAAGGAAGUCGAUCACUCAUGGAGUAUUUCUUUAGUGAAUAUUGUCCAACAACAUACAAUUUUCUCCCAGAUUGAUUUUAAUUUGCGGAAUGUUUUACAUGUGAUUAUAACAAAAUGACUGCUAAUCACUGACUGACAGUAUGGCUAUCUAUUUGGCCUCAUCUCAUUGUAUCUUCACUGGUAUCUUCCUACUCUCUGUGAGGCUGUCGGGUAAUGGGAGGAUUGGGGGCAUUUUACUGGUUUCACCCUCUAUCCUGCUCCCUUCCUUCCAACUCAGCAGUGCCCACUUUCCUGAGGUUCAUUUCUCCAACAUAUUCAAUGCCUCUUGAUUCAAAAUUGGUCGAUUCCGGUAACUGUUGAUUCAGCUCAUCUCAGUAUUACAGACUUUGCUUCGUUUAAAUGAUUGUAUUUUUAUUUUUAUCCAGUUCAGAAGCACACACAGUCAUUGGGACUAGACCAUUUGCAGUAUAGGGAAUGACGAUGAGUUUACUACUCCCAAUCCGUUUAGGUCUUCACUCAUUAAUUAUCUCACAUUCUGAAUUAUGACCACUG